AUGGCAGACACACCUACACCACCACCUCCACCGCAAAAGAUGAAGCAGGCCGAUAUAGACCUCGACAGUGUGCAGUCCAUCGGGAAGCACUGCGACCUCCCCUCGUGCCACAGACUCGAUUUCCUGCCGUUUAAAUGUGAGUCCUGUUCUGGAACCUACUGCCUCGACCACCGCACCGAAACCGCACACAAAUGCGCCCACGAAGGCCGCUGGGCCUCUCUCCGCGCGCCCAAACCCUCCACCACCACCCCGAGCACUCCCAAACCCCGCUCCCUCCUAGAGGGCCCCUGCGCACACCCGUCCUGCAAAACCACCAUCAACACGGUGCGCGACCCGGGCGUCAACUGCGUCACCUGCCGCCGCACCUACUGCCUCGCGCACCGGCUGCAGGACUCGCACAACUGCGACAGCAUCAAGCCGCCGUCGACGGGGUCCAGCAGCACGGCCGCCGGCCACGACAUGGCCAAGGCCGCGCUGUCGCGGUUCAAGGCGUGGACGGCGAGCAAGAAGGAGACGCUGACCAAGAGCAGCAGCAGGGCGCCGAAUCCGGUGGUGGAGCUGGCGAAGCUGCGCAGGACGGCGAAGGGCGAUGAGAAGAUCCCCGCGGAGAAGAGGGUCUAUGUGUAUGUGGAGGCCGAGGCGAAGUCGACGAGUAGUAAGUUGCCGAGGGGCGAGUUUUGGUAUGGGAAGGAUUGGACGGUAGGGAGGGUGUUGGAUAAGGCCGCACAGGGGCUGCAGGUCGCGAAUGUGAAUAAUAGGGAUGACGGGGAGGAAAAGAAGCUUAGGGUUUUCCAUGUGGAGGGCGGGAGGAUGCUGGAGUUUGGGGAGAAGCUGGGGGAUGCGGUGGUGAGUGGGAAUACGUUGGUGUUAUUGAGGGGGGUCAAGAUUGUGGAUUUGUUGGUGGAGGAGUAG